AUGCCUGCCAAAGCCUUGCAAGUGAGCUGCCUUUGCGGCGCUGUUUCGCAGCAAGUCGAUCUAAAGGCUGGCGAUGGCUUGGACAUUCCACUAUCUCUUUGUCAUUGCGAUACAUGCCGACACACUUCGGGGGUGUUAUGCACCUCGUACUAUCCCAUCUUCGCUCCUGAUAUUUCUCCUUCCUUGAAGGCCUAUCAUCCCACUGGAACUUCCACACGCUACUUUUGUGCUACAUGCGGCUGCCAUUUGUUUCGAGCUGUCAAAACUGAGGGAGAGGGCCUUGAUUGGGGAGCCGCGACAGGCGCAGUCAGUUCUCUUUCAGGUUCAAGUCUGGGGCGAUUUACAUCACACCAAUAUGUGUCCGACACCAAGGAUGGCGGACUCUCCCUUUGGAUGAAGAGCUUAGGGGGCCAUUUCGAGGGAAGAGAGGCCGAAAUACCCAAUGCUCAGCCGGCCAGUCCUGCUAGCGACUCCCUCGAAGCUUCGUGCUCUUGUGGCAACGUCAGGUUUCAUGUUACUCGCCCCAACGAUGACAGCCGUGGGCCACGCCGCAACUUCACCGACCUCAUGUUCCCGGACAAAACCACAGACGAACACACAAAGCAGAACCCUAAUGAUGAGAAAUGGUGGAUUCAAGGCAAUGGCAACAAAUAUCUCGCCGGAACGUGUGCCUGUCGAUCAUGUCGCCUCAUCUCUGGAUUUGAAGUUCAAACAUGGGCCUUUGUUCCCAGGGUUAACAUCUUUUUUCAUGUUCCCGGCAUGGAUGGGAAAGAAUCGAUCGUGCCGUUGGAUUUUGCGACUCUGCCCCCUGGGAUCUUGACGGGCUAUUCAUCAUCAACGAACGUAAGGCGCGAGUUUUGUGGAACAUGCGGCGCCACCAUUUUCUGGCAUGAGAAGAUUGCCGAUGACGUCGUUGACAUUAAUGUCGGGCUCCUUCGAGCUACAGAUGGGGCGAGAGCUGAGAGCUGGCUCGAAUGGUGGCAGGGGAGAGUCAGUUUCGCUGAGGAAGUUAACACUGGAAGAAUGGGCCUAGAGGCAAAGGUGGCAUCCGAGUUGAUCACCGAACUAGAGAAUGGGAUGAAGGCAGACAUUCGCAGUGCUCAACUUUCCUCUACUUAG